UUUACAUCACAGCCGCCGCCCACCGAUUUUUUCCUCUUUAAUCUUCUUCAUCUUCCUUCUCGGAAUUCUUUCUUUUCGUCCUCCUUUUCUUCAGUUUCUUCGUCCUGCUGCUCGGCCGCCAAAGUGACAGUGUCUGAAAUUCAUCUUUCUUCUCCGUUCCUUACGUCGCCGUCUCGCCGUUUUAUUCUUCUACAGUUUCGACGACCUCCGGAGGCAUUCUAUGGCGCAAGAGACAGGAAUGUUCACUGUUCCUCAGACCAUCGGCAGUGUAUUGUGCUGCAAGUGUGGUAUACUAAUGCCACCAAAUGCAGCAAAUAUGUGCGCCAAGUGUCUGCGGUCAGAAGUCGAUAUAACAGAAGGCCUUCAGAAGCACGUUACCAUCAUCCAUUGUCCUGAAUGCAACAGCUUCCUGCAACCUCCACGAACAUGGAUCAAAGCUCAAUUAGAAUCUAAAGAUCUUCUGACCUUCUGUGUGAAAAGGUUGAAGAAUUUGAACAAGGUCCGAUUGGUACAUGCAGAGUUCGUUUGGACAGAACCUCAUUCCAAGAGAAUCAAAGUCAGGCUGAAGGUUCGAAAGGAGGUUCUUAAUGGAGCAAUACUUGAACAGACAUACAUAGUUGAAUAUGUAGUGCAAGAUCAGAUGUGCGAGUCUUGUUCGAGGGUUCAGGCAAAUCCCGACCAGUGGGUAGCAUCAGUGCAACUUCGGCAACAUGUAUCCCACAGGCGCACUUUCUUCUACCUCGAGCAGCUUAUUCUCAAGCAUGAUGCUGCUAAACAUGCCAUCAGAAUUAAGCAAAUGAACCAGGGAAUUGAUUUUUUCUUCAGUAACCGGAGUCAUGGUGUGAAGUUUGUUGAAUUCCUGGGUAAAGUAACCCCGAUUAAGAGUCGCAGUGACAAGCAGCUCGUGUCCCAUGAUCCCAAGAGCAACAAUUACAACUACAAGUACACUUUCUCUGUCGAAAUUUGCCCUAUUUGUCGUGAAGAUUUGAUCUGCCUUCCACCAAAACUUGCUGUUAGUUUGGGAAAUUUUGGGCCUCUAGUAAUCUGUAACAAAGUGAGCAAUAAUAUCUCCCUAUUAGAUCCAUUUACACUUAGAGGGUGUUUUCUUGAUGCGGAGCAAUAUUGGAGAUCAUCAUUCAAGUCCUUGUUGUCGAGCCGGCAGCUUGUCGAAUAUGUGAUCUUGGAUUUGGAACCUGUUUCUUCCGAAGUCAAUGUUGGUGGCUUGAAAUAUGUUUUAGCAGAUGCCCAAGUUGCUCGUACCUCAGAUUUUGGAAAGAACGACCUAACCUUCAAUGUAAGGACACAUUUAGGCCAUGUUUUGGGUGUCGGUGACUAUGCUCUAGGUUAUGACUUGUACGGUGCCAACAACAACGACAUUGAAUUGGACAAGUACAAAGGUCUUGUACUCCCUGAUGCUAUAUUGGUUAAGAAAAGCUACGAAGAGAAGCGUCAGAAGAAGCGAGGGAAGCCUCGAUCAUGGAAGCUCAAGUCUCUGAACAUGGAGGUCGACAAUGGUACGAGAGGCAGGGAUAAUGAGGAGAAGAUGAACACAGAGUAUGAAGAGUUCUUGAGGGAUUUGGAGGAGAAUCCAGAUUUGAGAUUUAAUCUGUCUCUGUACCGAAAUAAAGAAUAUCAGCCAUCUGAAGCGGCGGCAUCCAUGACUAUGACAGAUGGCGAAGAUGACGUGCCUACUGUUCCUUUGGAUGAGCUGCUGGCAGAACUCGAGCUAAGCGAUGAAGAAGAGGAAGACGACGACGACGGCGGCAAUGAUGGUAUGGAAGAAUGAUAAAGUAAGUGUUGUUAUACUCAUUUUAAAGAGAAUUUUGUUAUGGUUUACAAUCUCUGAUAUGUUUUUUGCCUGUGAUUUGGCUGUUUGGAGCAAUAUGUUUUUUGUAUACUCUAUAUUCUUGUGUGCAUUUCUUUUUGUCA